AUGACAUCGGUAUUUCAUUCAGGUCUUUCGAAAGAUUUUUCAUUAAUUUUAAAUGAUGCUGAUGAUUACAACGUCAUUAUACAAGUUGUGCCUAUUACAAAAAAGAAUGAUAUGAUCAUGUUUGAAAAACCAAACAUCACUCCAACCGUUUUUGAAAUGGUUUUAAAAUUUUUAUACACAGGCGAAGUUAACUUGGUCGAUCAGUCAGGUGAAGAUAUAUUCGGAUUGUUAAUUGCAUCAGAUGAAUUAUUGCUUGAUGAAUUAUUCAAAUAUGUCCAAGAUCACUUAUUUGAAAAGCAUACCUCUUGGAUGCACAGCAAUUUUGUUCUGGUUCUUCAUUUCGUAUUUAAACUUGCUAGUUGCAAAAAACUUCAGGAUUAUUGUCUUCAAUCAAUUUGUACUGAUCCACAACCAUUUAUCAAUUCGAAAAGCUUUUCAUCACUAGAUAAAGACGUCCUACUUGGAUUGCUUAAAAGAGAUGAUUUUCAAGUCGAAGAAAUUGUCAUUUGGAAUUGUUUAAUCAAUUGGGUUAUUGAACAAACUCCUGGGCUAGGAAGCAAGAAUUGUAAUAGAACAAAAUGGAAUCAAGAGAAUUUUGAAGAAUUGAAAAAAACAUUAGAACAAUUCAUUUCCCUAAUUCGGUUUGUGGAAAUUUCACCCAAAGAUUUUUUUGAUAAAAUUCGUCCUUAUAAGGCUGCUAUUCCAAACCAUAUUUAUGAAGAAAUCGAGGAAUUUUAUUAUAAAAAAACCUUUCCAAAAUCAACAAAUUUAAUUCCACGAUCUAGAAAGUUCCAAAUCGAAAUUGAGUCACAAGUUAUCAAACCAGAUCUCGCAAAUGUAAUUGCCCAUUGGAUCGAAAGAAAAGAUGAUGUUAAACUUCUGCUUAGGGAAAAGUAUAAGUUCGAGCUUAUAUAUCGCAGUAGCCAAGAUGGGCUUACUCAUCAAGCACUUCGUAGUAAAUGCAAUAAUCAAGGUUCAUGUUUGGUUUUAGUUAAACAACCAUCAACAACAAAAAUUUAUGGAGGAUAUAAUCCACUUGGCUUUACCAGCGGUAGUCAAUCUCUUGUAACAAAUGAGAGCUUUACAUUUUCUUUUGAAAAUGAUAAGGAUACUACAAGUAUGAAAAUAAGUCGUGUAGUUAAGACUAAUUAUGCAAUGUGGGAACAUAAUGGUAAUGGAUUCAAUUUUGGCAGCACUUUUUAUAUGAUAGAUCAAUCUAUUUAUUUGAACUAUAAUGGUAAUUAUGAUGGUAAUGUUGUUGCAAAUUCAAGUUUCAAUUCUAAUUUUGUUCCAUCUCUUAUUGAAGUUUUUAAAGUUAUACCAAAUGUUUCUAAGUGA